UUCACACGUGUGUACUGUCUAUGUGUAUACCACGGGUUUUUUCACUUAUGUGAAACCAAAUAGAUGUGAAACACUGUAGCCUUAAACUUAGAGCCACUCACACUCACCUUCAGAUACAGAGUCGUAUCUUGGAUGUUGUUUAGGGUCCUAAGUCAGAAUGGCUUCCCAAGGCGGAGGGGAGUGUUCAUGCUGCUCCCAUCAACGGGCAGUGCCCAGCACACACCAAACUUUAGAAGAGAUGGACUUUGAAAGAGGAAUUUGGUCUGCUGCUUUAGAUGGAGAUUUGGGCCGUGUGGAGUCAUUCAUUAAGAAGGGGACCGAUCCUAAUACAAAGGAUAAUGCAGGCUACACUUCCUUGCACUACGCAAGCCGCGGAGGCCAUGAGUCUGUUUGCGAGCUGCUCCUGGGUCACGGGGCGUGCGCCAGCCCCCAGACCCGUGGCGGUGCCACGCCGCUCCACCGGGCCGCCUACUGUGGGCACCUGCCCGUGGUGAGGCUCCUGCUGAAGUUCCACGCAGACCCACAGAGGAGUGACGACGACGGAGCCACUCCUCUGCACAAGGCUGCUGAACAAGGCCAUGUGGAGGUCUGUGAGCUGCUGCUGAGGCAUUAUCCAGCCCUGCGGACACAGAGGGACAAGAAGUCACGUGCGCCUCAGCAUCUUGCGCCUGUAAACAGCCCUCUGCAACAGCUCCUUCAUAGCACAGAAGAUGAUGGGCCUCCCUUGGACUCGAGCAGUAGUACAUCCUGUACUGUGGACAUGCCAAAGGCAGAUCAUCCCCCGUAAUGAGGGCGCUCUUCCCUCAGCUAUUGCAAGGACAGCUGGUGCAUGUGCUCUUUGAGAAGAGAACAUCUCCAGGAAUCUCUGUGCUGUGGAGACCUGGGUGUGCAGACUGAAUAACCAUUGAAGCAAAGCCUCGACUAUCAGGACAUGCCACUGUAAUGUGCAGCGCCAGAACACCACUCUGUGAAAGAGAUGUUCUCAAGCCCUGUUCAACACAACAUGUUCGGAAGUUUAUGUGUGAUCUGGUGCAAGGGCCAUAAUGUUUUGUUUUGAAGUGCUAGCUGUAAAUCUGGUGUGCAGUGAUGAAAAUCUGUAUGGCAUAAAUUAGUUAUGAAGAGUUUGGGCACAGUUGCAUUUCUACAUUUUUGGAAUCUUUUGGGGGGAAAAAAAUGAUAACAUUUAUGCUCAUACUGUGCCUUGCUACAUAUUGUGUACAUAUACAUAAAAUCCAUUGGAAACUU